AACACGAAACAUCAUCCACGUAGACACACAAUAGUUUCGUAUCUCCUAUUGGGGAAAGACUAAUGAACUGACUGCACAGUCACUAUGGGAGCUCUGUCUACAGCGCCCGGUUAAAUUGUGCAUACAAGCAAUUAUUUUUUUAAACUCUGCAAACGGUUAACCUCGUGAGAUAUACACUGCUCAAAAAAAUAAAGGGAGCACUUAAACAACACAAUGUAACUCCAAGUCAAUCACACUUCUGUGAAAUCAAACUGUCCACUUAGGAAGCAACACUGACAAUACAUUUCACAUGCUGUUGUGCAAAUGGAAUAGACAAAAGGUGGAAAUUAUAGGCAAUUAGCAAUGCACAUUUGUGGCCUGCUGGGGGUCAUUUUGCAGGGCUCUGGCAGUGCUCCUCCUUGCACAAAGGCGGAGGUAGCGGUCCUGCUGCUGGGUUGUUGCCCUCCUACGGCCUCCUCCUCGUCUCCUGAUGUACUGGCCUGUCUCCUGGUAGCGCCUCCAUGCUCUGGACACUAUGCUGACAGACACAGCAAACCUUCUUGCCACAGCUCGCAUUGAUGUGCCAUCCUGGAUGAGCUGCACUACCUGAGCCACUUGUGUGGAUUGUAGACUCCGUCUCAUGCUACCACUAGAGUGAAAGCACCGCCAGCAUUCAAAAGUGACCAAAACAUCAGCAAGGAAGCAUAGGAACUGAGAAGUGGUCUGUGGUCACCACCUGCAGAAGCACUCCUUUAUUGGGGGUGUCUUGCUAAUUGCCUAUAAUUUCCACCUUUUGUCUAUUUCAUUUGCACAACAGCAUGUGAAAUGUAUUGUCAAUCAGUGUUGCUUCCUAAGUGGACAGUUUGAUUUCACAGAAGUGUGAUUGACUUGGAGUUACAUUGUGUUGUUUAAGUGUUCCCUUUAUUUUUUUGAGCAGUGUAGAUUUUUUCUGUAAAGUGGGUAACAUAAUACUAUCAUCCUAAAUUGAAAAUGUUGAUUUAUUUGUACAUAUUAGAUUAUUUUAUAUUAUAAACUAUCACUCAAAUACAGUGCCUUCUGAUAGUAUUCAGACCUCUUGACUUUUUCCACAUUUUGUUAUGUUACAGCCUUAUUCUAAAAAUGGAUUACAUUGUUUUUUUCCUUAUAUAAUUUCCACACAAUGCCCCAAUAGACAAAGCAAAGCCUGGUUUUUAGACUUUUGCUAAUUUUCUUUUUUAAGCGGAAAUAUCACAUUUACAUAAGUACUCAGUACUUUUGUUGAAGCAGCUUUCGCAGCGAUUAAAGCAUCCAGGCUUGGGUGUGAUGCUACAAGCUUAGCACACCUGUAUUUGGGGAGUUUCUCCCAUUCUUCUCUGCAGAAAGGCAAUUCCUUCGACCUCAUGGCUUGGUUUUUGCUCUGAAAUGCAUUGCCAACUGUGGGACCUUAUAUAGACAGGUGUGCGCCUUUCCAAAUCAUGUCCAAUCAAUUGAAUUUACCACAGGUGGACUCCAAUCAGGUUGUAAAAACAUCUCAAGGAUGAUCAAUGGAAACACGAUGCAUCUGAGCUCAAUUCUGAGUCUCAUAGCAGAAGGUCUGAAGAGUUAUGUAAAUAAGAUAUUUCUGUUUGCAAAAAUGUCUAAAAACCUGUUUUUGCUUUGUUAUUAUGGGGUGUAGAUUGCUGAUUUUUUUAUUUUAUUUAAUCCAUUUUAGAAUAAGGCUGUAACGUAAUAAAAUGUGGAAAAAGUCAAUAGGUCUGAAUACUUUCCGAAGGCACUGUACUUUCCCAACCCUUGUCGGUUUUGAUAUCUCAUGUCAAAUUAAACAAGUUAAAUACCAAAGCAAUUUAUUUGUUUCCUCACCCCAUUUCGGGCAGCCUUCCAGAAUCUCCAUCUGACAUUCUAGAAUUUAGAUGACUGUCUUCAACUAAUUCUCUUCUAACCAGUGAUGUAAAAGUUAUUCUCAGAUUCCGUGUGGCUUUUGAGUAGUGCUAGUUUGAUUUCAAGGUGAUAUUGAUAGAAGUGAUGAACAAAAACGUGUAGCGUUACACUUAUCGUGAUGUGGACCCACUUGAAUCAUAAUGCAACACAUUGAAAUGCAUCCUGCCUGUCUUCUGCAGGUUGUCCUCUAACCAGUGAUGAAAGAAAUAUCUCCAGUUUCCAUGUGGCUAGGGAGGUGACCGAGAACCCAAUGACCACUCUGACAGAACUACAGAAUUCCUUUGCUGGGAUGGGAGAACCUGACAAAAGGACAACAGUCUCUACAGCACCUCAACCAAUCUGGGCUUUAUGGGAGAAUGGCCAGAUUGGCUUCCAUCUUCAGGAGUGGCUUCACUCCUGUGAAAAAUGAAAAAGUCACAUGACAGCAGGCCUGGAGUUUGCAAAAAGGCACUUGAAAGACUCAGAGCAUAAUUCAAAAUAUUCUGUGGUCUGAUGAGACAAAAAUGUAACUCUUCAGCCUGAAUGCAAAGCGCUAUGUCUGGAGAAAACCAGGCAUAGCUCAUCACCCAUCUAACACCAUCCAUUCCUUGAUGCAUGGUGGUGGCAGCAUCAUGCUAUGGGGAUGCUUUUCAGUAGCAGGGACUGGAAAACUGGUAAGGAUAGAGGGACAAUGAAUGGAGCCAAAUACAGGCAAAUCCUUGAUGAGAACUUACUUCAGAGUGCAAACGACCUUAGGCUGGGGCGGAGAUUUACGCUCCAACAGGACAAUGACCCAAGCAUACAGCGAAAACAAUGCUGGAAUGGCUUCAGAACAAGAAUGUAAAAGUCCUUGAGUAGCCCAGCCAAAGCCCAGACUUGAAUACCAUUGAAAAUCAGUGGAAAGACUUGAAGAUUGCUGUUCACGCUGUGCCCCAUCUAACUUAACAGAGCUUGAGAAGAUAUGCAAGGAAGAAAGGGAGAAAAUCCCCAAAUCCAGAUGUGCAAAGCUGAUCCAGACAUACCCAAGACGACUCAAAGCUGAUACAGACAUACACAAGACGACUCAAAGCUGAUCCAGACAUACCCAAGACGACUCAAAGCUGAUCCAGACAUACCCAAGAUGACUCAAAGCUGAUCCAAAUAUACCCAAGACGACUCAAAGCUGAUACAGACAUACCCAAGGUGACUCAAAGCUGUAACCACCACCAAAGGUGCUUCUACAAAGCAUUGACUCUGGGGUUUGAAUACUUAUGUAAAUUUGACAUUUCCGUAUUUAAUUUUCAAUAAAUUAGCUAAAAUUGCUAAAAACAUGUUUUCACUUUGUCAUGAUGGGUUAUUGUGUGUAGAUGGGUGAGACAAACAUAUAUUUAAUCCAUUUUUAAUUCCGUCUGUAAGACAACUAAAUAAGUCAAGGGGUGUGAAUACUUUCUGAAGGCACUGUAUAAGUGUAGAAUAGAUAGUGGAUUUUCCCCUGCCUGUAAUUCUAAAUCGAUACUCGAUUGCUUUGGCCUGUGUGACUGAACGCAACAACGGCAGUCAAGGCGGAAGUUGCUACCCUGCUAAAUAUGGAUGCUGAAAGAGUCGUGCAGGUACUAGCCUUUACGCAAGAUAUCCUCCGAAAUACAUCAGCCACAGGACAGCUUUGUUUGGACGUCGUAAUGGACCAUUAGCCUUAACUGGAUAUAGCUAGCUAGCUACCUCAUUUUCCACGUGGAAAAAUACUUUAGCAAGCUAUCUGGGAUUUUCUACAAGGAAUCUGGUGUAUGGACUUCCUGCUGUCUUCUUCUUCUACAGGUCAUCUAAAGUGUAUGGACUUCCUACUGUCUUCUUCUACUACAGGUCAUCUAAAGUGUAUGGACUUCCUGCUGUCUUCUUCUACUACUACAGGUCAUCUAAAGUGUAUGGACUUCCUGCUGUCUUCUUCUACUACUACAGGUCAUCUAAAGUGUAUGGACUUCCUGCUGUCUUCUUCUAAAGGUCAACUAAAGUGUAUGGACAUACUGCUGUCUUGCCAUUGACUGUAUUGUCAGUGUUCCCACCAGCAGGACAACAUGAGUGGAGAGAAAGAAACAUUGUUGGAAGAAAUCAAACAGAGUUUACACCCUCUAACGGAGGAUCAUUUGCGAUACCUGUGUGAACGUUGUGGAAUUGAUGGCUCCCAAGUUACAGGAAAGAACCAUUGCUCGUUGCGACGUAAAAUCUUGGAGGAAAUGUGGGAAAAUGCAGAUUCGGUCAAAUCGGAGGAGCAGGGAAUGUCUUGGUUACUCCGACUGAAAGAUGACAUCAGAAAGAUACAGGAAGAAUCUAGUGUGGGACCCAUGAGUGUCAGCCAGUCUGAUGAUGAAGAAACGGGGGACAACCCUAACGGUCGCUCGCUCAGUGGGAGGGUCUUAUCAUCUGGGAAGUCUCCAGGGUUGAAAGGGAUCCAGCGACCUUACAGCUGUGAUGUAUGUGAGAAGAGUUUCACUCAAUCAGGAAACCUACGAAGACACCAAACAGUACACACAGGAGAGAAACCUUACAGUUGUGAUCAUUGUGGGAAAAUCUUUUCUAGUUCAGGAGCCCUGACUAUUCACAAGCUUCUACACACUGGAGAGAAACCUUACAGCUGUGAUCAGUGUGGGAAAAGCUUUUCUAAUUCAGGAGCCCUGAUUAUUCACAAGCGUCUACACACUGGAGAGAAACCUUACAGCUGUGAUCAAUGUGGGAGGAGCUGCAAAGAUGCCACAGCCCUGAAUGAACACAUGCGUACACACACAGGAGAGAAACCUUUUAGCUGCGAUGUUUGUGGAAUUCGUUUUUCUCGACAAAGCAACCUGAAAGUACACAUGCGCAGACACACAGGAGAGAGGCCUUACAUCUGUGAUCAAUGUGGGAAGAGCUUCACUCGGUCAACGGACCUGACCAAACACAGACGCGUUCACACCAGCGAGAAACCAUACAGCUGUGACCAGUGUGGGAAGAACUUCACUCGGUCAGGAAACCUGGCGAGUCAUCAGAAAACCCACACAGUCAGAGAGAAAAACGAGGCCGGCGGCGGGAGAAGUCAGGCAGGUGGAGAGGGAACCCACACAGGAAAGAUACAGGAAGCAUCUACUGUGGUACCCGUGAGGCCCAGCCAGUCUGAUGAAGAUGCAGGGGACAACCCUAACGGUCGCUCGCUCAGUAGGAGGGUCUUAUCAUCUGGGAAGUCUCCAGGGUUGAAAGGGAUCCAGCGACCUUAUAGCUGUGAUGUAUGUGAGAAAAGUUUCCCACGUUUAGGAGACCUUAAGAGACACCAGAGAAUACACACAGGAGAGAAACCAUAUGGCUGUGAUCAAUGUGGGAAGAGUUUCUGUACAUCAGGACAACGGAUUAUACACAAGCGAACACACACCGGAAAGAAACCUUAUCGCUGUGAUCAAUGUGGGAAGAGUUUUGCUCGAACUGAUUACCUGACCGAACACAAGCGAACACACACUGGAGAGAAGCCUCAUAGCUGUGAUAAAUGUGGAAAGGGCUUCACUCGGCCUAACUGCUUGGCUGCACACAAGCUAACACACACAGGAGAGAAGCCCUACCUCUGCUCAGACUGUGGGAAGAGCUUCUAUACACCGGCAAAGUUGAAAGAGCACGAGCGUUCACACACAGAAGAGAACCCUUACGGGUGUGGUCUGUGUGGGAAGAUCUUUGCUUGUUCGGAUUCCCUGACUAAACACAAGCGUGUACACACUGGAGAGAAACCUUACAGCUGUGAUCAGUGUGGGGAGAGCUUUGCUCGUUUGGGAGCCCUGACUAUUCACAAGCGUCUACAAACUGGAGAGAAACCUUACAGCUGUGCUCAAUGUGGGAAGAGCUGCAAAGAUGCCACGGCCCUGAAUGAACACAUGCGUACACACACAGGAGAGAAACCUUUCCCCUGCUAUGUCUGUGGAAUGAGUUUUUCUCGACGAAGCACCCUGAAAGUACACAUGCGCAGACACACAGGUGAGAAGCCUUACAUCUGUGAUCAAUGUGGGAAGAGAUAUGCUCAUCCAGGUGAUUUGAAAAUACACAUUAGAGUACACACCGGAGAGAAACCAUACAGCUGUGACCAGUGUGGGAAGAGCUUCACUCAGUCAACAAACCUGACUAAGCACAGACGUGUUCACUCUGGAGAGAAACCAUACAGCUGUGAUCUAUGUUGUAUGAACUUAGCUUAUUUGUAUCUUAUUUCAUGGGCUCAUUGUCAAUUAAAUCAUGUAGAAUAUUUUAUCAUUGUUAUAGUAAGAGUUCAUGUUUUUAAUUCUAUUUAAUUCAAAUUAAAUCCAUAUGUGAAUACAUACCACUUUAUUUUACUUUUAAUAAAAUUAAAUACAAAGAUCCUUUAUAAAUAGCUGUUAUGAACUUUGGCAUUCCUUUUUCUUCACUUUGACCCUGCUGGUUAUCUAUGAACAGUUGAACAUCUUGGCCAUGUUCUGUUAUAAUCUCCACCCGGCAGUGCCAGAAGAGGGCUGGCCAUCCCUCAUAGCCUGGUUCCUCUCUAGGUUUCUUCCUAGGUUCUGGCCUUUCUACGGAGUUUUUCCUAGCCACCAUGCUUCUACGCCUGCAUUGCUUGCUGUUUGGGGUUUUAGGCUGGGUUUCUGUACAGCACUUUGUGACAUCAGCUGAUGUAAGAAGGGCUUUAUAAAUACAUUUGAUUGACUUGACCUGUUCUUCAGAGAACAAGACAAAAUGCAGCAAGUUGUUUCCUGAAGUAAGAUUACAGCGACACAAAGCAUCAUGUGUUUAACGAAGGUGUUUCAUCUCUUUUUGGGGAAGUCUAAUGAAGGGGCUGCUGCACAGUGACUAUGGGACCACUUUCUAUACUGAUCCUAUGUAGAAUUAAACAAGUUAAAUAACAAAAAGCAACUGAUUUGGUUUUCCUUCCCCGUUUCAGCAGCCUUCCAGAAUCUCCAUCCCAUGUUUCAAAA